CAGCUGUUCUGCCAUCUACAACUGCAACUCUAGCAUCGUCUCUCUCCCCAGCCCAUCUUGUAAAACUAACCCCUUCCUCCGCUAGCCUUUCGACAUCAUGAUGCCAAGUUGGCCAGCGGCGCAGCCAGCGCCGAGCGUCACGCAGCAAACCGCCCCAGGCAACUAUGCGUAUCCAACAAAUCCUGCCUUCAUCCCCGUUCCCGUACGCCAGGGAUUUGGUCAAUACGGAGCACCAGCAGCUCCCUACGCCGGAUACGUGCCUCCACCGCCCCCCGUGCAACCCCAAAUGUCUACUGCCUCGCCCGUGAAUGGUGCAACCCCAGCACCCGAGCAGGCCAAGUCAAAAGUUGACUGGCCCGAAUCUGUUCGGAGCUACGUCCAGCGAUCCUUCCUCCCCCAGAAUGACGACCCUUCCGUAUCUCGAGCGGACAUCGAAGCCAAGCUUAAGAGCACCAUCGGUUCCGCUAAAGAGAACGACACACUCUACACCAUCGACUGGGACAGCAUGCCCCUUCCUCAGGCCUUAGUCAGAGCCGAACGUGACGCCGAAAUGAAGCGCAGCAUGCAUUCCUCCCCAUCCCAUAUCCGCGAGCCCCUGAAUCCUAAGAAGAGGAAAUCUGCCGAUUUUGCAAAUGAUGACAACUCUCAGCCCCCGUGGCGCUCUACUAACUCGCGAUCUUCUCUUCAAGAUCGCAUCACCUACCCUUCACCCGAAAAGCGCGCCUCCUUGGACGAGUCACCCCCAAGAUCAAGUAAGUUCCAGAAGGAAGCCAACAAGCGCAAGCGCCGGUUCGAGACCGAAUACAAGGCGUUCAGAUCGCCCAGCCCGCCUCCGCCAUCAUCUGGACCCAUCACCGGCACAUGCGAAGUACUGGAGAAGAAGUAUCUUCGUCUCACAGCCCCUCCAGUUCCGUCCAAGGUCAGACCCGAACGUGUUCUGCGCCAGACCCUGGAUCUUCUCAAGAAGAAAUGGAAGAGGGAGAGCAACUAUUCGUACAUUUGUGAUCAGUUCAAGUCGAUGCGUCAAGACCUGACUGUGCAACAUCUCAAGAACGACUUUACUGUUUCCGUCUAUGAAAUCCAUGCCCGAAUUGCCUUGGAGAAGGGGGAUAUCGGUGAGUAUAAUCAAUGUCAGACCCAGCUGCGAUCACUGUAUGCUCUGGGCCUGAAGGGCAACCCCAUUGAAUUCAAGGCGUAUCGUAUCCUUUACUUUAUCCACACUGCCAACCGAACCGGCCUGAACGACACCAUGGCAGAUCUAACCGCAGCAGAGAAGGAGGAGAAGCCGAUCAAGCAUGCUUUGGAAGUGCGAUCGUCUCUGGCGCUGGGGAACUAUCACAAGUUCUUCCAGCUGUACCUGGACACGCCCAACAUGGGCGCAUACCUGAUGGAUAUGUUUGUUGUCCGGGAGCGGCUUGCUGCUUUGUGCAACAUUUGCAGAUCAUACAAGCCGGAUGUCAAGCUCCGCUUCAUCACUGAGGAACUCGGAUUCGAGUCUGAUGCUGAUGCAGCUCAGUUUAUCAUCGACCAACAAGGUCAACAUUUGCUGGAAGAUCGAACAGAUUACAUCGCUUUCCUGACUGGCAAGGCCGGGCCCCUCUUUGAGGGUGCACGAUCGGCCGCGUUCCGAAAGGUUGAUAUCAAAGGCCAGAUCUGAGCGUUUUCCUGUGCAUUUCGUCUCGAUUUCUUUUCCUCUUUUUCUCUUGCGACUUUCUCAGGCGUCCUGGGGGCAGAAUUUUGCUAUCGACAUCAGCUCGACAAGAUAUGAUGAUGCCGUCACUUGGAUGACAUCUCAUUCAUGUAGACACGACCACGGCAUUUAUACCCCGUUGCUCGCUUAAGCGGCAUCGAAACUUUUUUUUCGCUACUUCACGCCAGGCCAGAGAAGUAUGCAGUUGACUGUUGACCUUGGUCUUGUCUCCUGCUGUCUACUCUGGGCUCGAUCAAUUAACCAUAGCCUCCAUACUAGCCCACAAUGCUGAUGACACCUGGAGGCAAAGCAAUGUUUUGAUGGAUUACAAAAGUUGGAUGGGUGCACUUUAGACACGACGGGAUUUCAUGGCGCGCAACGGAACAAAACUGAAGGCCAAUCCCGGCAUGGUUGGGACUGGUGGACAACGAAAGACUGAGGUUGACGGCGUUCACAUCUUGAUGCCAUAGCAGCUUGUUGUAUUCUAGUCCCAAUCAUACGCAGGCGGAAUUGGUUGCAGAGGCUUUGGCGUUUCAUGGGGCCACGGUUCAGUUAUUCCAGGUUCAUAGCAAUUGAUUCUUUAUUGACUUGAG